AUGUUGUUUUCAUCGCUCCUUUCCCUUGCGCUUGUCCCAAGCACCCUCGCUAUCGUAAUUCCCACAACUGGAAACCCAUUUUUGGGCAGACAGCUCUACGCAAAUUCCAAGUAUGCCGCAAAGCUUGAAGCGACUAUCAGCUCUUUCUAUCAACAGGGUGAUUCCAUAAAUGCUGCGAGGACAAAGAGAGUCCAGAGGACUGGAACUUUUGCUUGGAUCAGUUCCAAUGCUGAUGUGCCGAGCAUUUCGACCUACAUCGACGAAGCUCUCACUAUCCAAAAGAACUCCCAGAGAGCUCAAAUCGUCGAGUUUGUAGUCUACAACCUCCCAGACCGUGACUGCUCCGCAAAGGCCUCUGACGGAGAGCUUAAGAUUGCCGAUGACGGCCUCAACAAAUAUAAGCUUUUUAUCGAUGAUGUUGCCGCAGCCAUCUCUGUUGCAAAGGCUGACGAGCUAUCUUUCGUUGUGAUUCUCGAACCCGAUUCACUGGCUAAUUUGGUUACAAACUUGGCAGUUGAGAAGUGUGCGGGUGCUGAGCAGGCAUAUAAGGCCGGUGUUGCAUACGCGAUCAAGAAGCUCCAGUUUUCGAAUGUACAUUUGUAUCUGGAUGCUGCACACGGUGGAUGGCUCGGUUGGGAUGGUAACUUGGAGCCAUCAGCGAAAUUGUUCGCUGAGGUUUUGGGGAUGGCGAACUCUAACUCCACUACUGAGGCAAAGGUUAGAGGAUUGGCCACCAAUGUGUCCAACUACAAUGCGUACAUUGCGGUUCCGCGUGAGAACUUCACUGAGUGGUCCAACUCAUGGGAUGAGUCUCACUACGUUAACUCCCUCGCACCAUACCUUGAAGCCGAGGGUUUCCCAGCACAUUUCAUCAUCGAUCAGGGCCGUGCUGGAAAGCUCGGAAUCAGGCAAGAAUGGGGCCAGUGGUGCAACGUCAAAGGCGCUGGAUUCGGAGCCCUUCCUACUACAGAGACCAAUGAUACUUUGGUCGACGCUUUGGUUUGGGUCAAGCCAGGUGGUGAGAGCGACGGAACGAGUAAUUCUACUUCGCCAAGGUUUGAUGAGAUGUGCGUUUCGGCGGUUGCGGAUGUGCCAGCACCAGAGGCUGGAGCUUGGUUUAAUGAGUUUACUAGAACUUUGGUUAAGAAUGCGAAUCCCCCACUUGAGCCUAUGUGGAUCUAA